UUCUUGGCCUUCGUUCACUGCCAGCCAAAAAGCAUUUUCAUUUUCCUCACCAUCACAUGCCUCACUCUAAAACGACGGCGCUUUCAUGGCAUUUCCCCUUGUUCUUCACCCUCAUCCUCCCUAUCGCCGCCGCUUUCAUUCUCUUCUGGCUCGACCCCUUCCAGCCGGUUCACUUCCCUGACGAUGCGAUGAGCAGGAGCAUCGUUACGACGGCGCCGGCGCUCAACGAGCAGAUGCGAAGAGGAUCCGAGGCUCUGGCGGAGGGACUCGUGGAGGGACCUGAAGACUUGGUUUACGAUGCGGCCGAAGGUGUCAUUUAUACAGGGUGUAAGGAUGGGUGGAUCAAGCGAGUCACGGUGAAGGAACCGGUGGCUAACUCUACGGUCGAAAGUUUCGUCCGUACCGGAGGCAGACCGCUCGGUGUCGCUUUGGACCGGAAUGGGGAACUCAUAGUAGCUGACGCUGACAAGGGAUUGAUAAAAGUAACAAGAGAAAAGAAGCUGGAGUUGUUGACAGAUGAGAGCGAGGGGUUAAAGUUCAGAAUAACAGACGGGGUAGAUAUCGCAGACGACGGCACCAUUUAUUUCACAGACGCUUCUUACAAAUACAAUUUGAGUGAAUUCAUGUUUGACAUAUUGGAAGGGAAUCCUUAUGGACGUCUCCUAAGUUACAAUCCAUCCACCGCCCACACAGCUCUUCUGGCCUCCCGUCUCUACUUCCCCAACGGAGUCGUUGUCUCUCCGGACCAACAAUCUCUCAUAUUCUGUGAGACUGUUCUGAUGAGGUGCAGAAAGUAUUACAUAAAAGGCCCUAAGAGAGGAACCACAGAAAAGUUUGUUGAUGACAUGCCUGGUUUUCCUGAUAACAUUCGUUAUGAUGGGGAUGGCCAUUACUGGAUUGGCUUAGGCUCGGCACCCACAUAUGUUUGGGAAUUGGGAAGAAGAUAUCCAAUCGUUCGGAAGGCAAUGGCAAUGAUGGUGAAGUAUGUGGGAAGGCUAAAUAUGGAGAAGAAUGGAGGAGUUGUUGCUGUGGACUUGGAAGGAAACCUAAUUGCACAUUACUAUGAUUCUGCCUUUUCGUUCAUCACAGGGGGCAUUAAGAUUGGGAAUCACUUGUAUUGUGGCUCCGUUCACUAUCCCUUCAUCAUACGUCUGGAUUUGAGCAAGUCUCCCGCAAUCCCCACAACCAAACAUGUAUAAGGUUAUAAGCUUGAUCCGUCAUGGAAGGCUUUGGUCCAUGUUUAAGCCCAUUAUUAUGGUGACCUCAUUUUUUUUAUAACGAUCUUAAUUCUUGAAUAUUAGUCUAAUAUUGUAGUGAAUACAAUUCUGACUGUUUUUAAAGAGGGGCCUUAAUUUGAC